AUGUCGAGCCCCGAACGAAAAGACCAGACCUCUGCUUCUAAUAGCAACUCAAUCAGUCCACCAAACGAGUAUACUUCUCUUCUACCUCAGUCUUUUCCUGAGAAUGAUUCCAAUCCUCAGUCAGACGAUGUCUCAAACAACGAAUUUUCCAAUCCUGUGCUAAAGGAGUCUUGGAUCUUGCUUAAGGGUGCUGUCCCAGUGAUCCUCGCUUAUAUGCUACAAAUGAGCCUGCAAGCCGUCACUGUCAUUAUAGCUGGUCGUGAAUCUGCACUUAACCUGGCUGUCAGCGCCUUUUCUCUGAUGUUUGCAAUGGUUACCGGGUGGAUGAUUGCUCUAGGUGGCACUACUGCGCUGGAUACGUUGGCGUCCUCGUCGUUCACGGGCAGUAAAAACAAACACGACUUGGGAAUAUUACUCCAGCGAGCAUUUUUGGUUCUCGGCCUUCUCUACAUACCAGCUGCUAUUGUCUGGGCCUACUCUUAUCCCAUAUUCCUGGCGCUUGGUCAAGACCCUGAGCUCUCAUAUCAGAGUUCUAGAUUCUUGACAUGUCUCAUUCCAGGAGGGCUAGGGUAUAUCUACUUUGAAAUUAUGAAAAAGUACUUACAAGCGCAAGGAAUCAUGAGAGCAGGAACAUACGUCCUUAUGAUAACCUCACCGCUGAAUGCCCUUCUAUGCUACACUUUCUGUUAUACACUCGACAUUGGAAUCCUCGGAGCUCCACUCGCUGCCAACAUCUCAUACUGGCUCUCAUUCAUCUUACUGGUUCUCUAUGCAAAAUUUGUCGCUGGCUCCGAAUGCUGGGGCGGAUGGUCGCGAGAAGCCUUUAAGAAUUUGAUCCCAUUUACACGUCUAGCCAUUCUAGGCAUCCUUCACAUUGGCACGGAGUGGUGGGCAUUCGAAAUCGUCGCACUUGCUGCCGGUCGCCUAGGCACAGUUUCAUUAGCCUCUCAGAGUGUGAUAAUGACUGCCGAUCAGAUCAUGAACACUAUUCCAUUUGGCCUUGGCGUUUCAACUUCUUCACGAGUGGGAAACCUACUCGGGGCAAGGGAUGCAAAAGGAGCGAUGCGCUCUUCUCAUCUAGCCGCUAUUCUUUCCUGUCUUUUUGGUGGAGUAGUACUAACCAUCUUGAUGGGGACGAGGAAUCAUUUUGCAAAGAUAUUCAACGACGAUCCUCGUGUUAUUGAACUUACCUCUGAAGUCAUACCUUACGUCGCACUAUUUCAGAUUGCAGACGGCAUAAAUGGUAGCUGCGGCGGCGUUUUACGAGGCAUGGGAAGACAGCAUCUGGGUGCAGCGGUGAAUGUUGUGAGCUAUUAUUGUUUCGCUUUGCCUUUGGGAGUUUACCUUGCAUUUCAACGUUGCUGGGGACUCAAGGGUCUUUGGGUCGGUCAGUGUGUCGCUCUUUACUGUGUUGGUAUCUUAGAGUGGGGCAUUGUUGCAUUCACCCGGUGGGAUGAUGAGGUUCGCAAUGCAUUCAAACGCAUGGACCAUGCGAGGACGGUGGAGUUCGAGGGUGAUGCAGAGGUAUCAGUCUGA